UAAGAAGGAAAACGCUGAGCUACUCUUCUGGGUUAACCGUCGUAGUACUUCAUUAUUUUAUUGAUACUUUUACAACGUAUUUACUAUAAUUUUUGGUCGUCCCUAAAUAAAACUAUUAGAACCGGACCAGCCACACCAGUCAUAUUGUACUACAGGUUUGUGCAUUGGAAUGAGUGACUUGGGAGUGCAGGCUGGUGAGAAUGUGGUGCUAAUCUGGGGAGCACCAUCUUCACCUGAGGCACUGCAGCGUCUACAACAACUUUUAGAAGAUGCAGUCGGAGCAGAUGGGAAAGUUUUUGUUGAAAAUGUGGAGGGGCUUUCUCUUGCAUCACAUAGUUCUUCUAGGUAUGACCAUGUAUUUUCUGGAGUGGUAGAAGAUGGUGCAUUUAUUCACAGCUCAGAGGUCCUUACAGAAUAUGCACGUGUUCUUAAACCGGGAGGAAAGUUAACACUAGCAGAGCCAGUAUCCAUAACAGGUGAAAUCAGUAAACUGAAAACUGCUGACAAGAUCUCAUCACUUCUAAAACUGUCUGGAUUCAUGAAUAUAGAAGAGGUAAAAAAUGAGCCAUUAAGCUCACAAGAAGCUAUAUUCAUUAAAGAUUCUACUGCUUACCAAGGAGAUGACUUGAUUUGUGUUCACAUAAGAGCAGAGAAGCCAAACUUUGAAGUAGGAUCCUCUGUGCAGCUCAAGCUAUUUUCUGGCAAGAAGGCUACACAAAAAGAAAAACCAGCCCUAGAUCCAAACACUGCAAAACUGUGGACUCUUUCAGCAAAUGACAUAGAUGAUGAUGAUGUGGAUAUUAUGGAUUCUGAUGCUCUGUUGGAUGAAGAUGAUUUAAAGAAACCAGACCCAGCAUCACUUAGGGUUGCUGGAUGUGGAACUGGUCAGAAGAAGAAAGCCUGUAAAAAUUGCACAUGUGGCUUAGCUGAAGAACUGGAGCAAGAGAGCAAGAAUUCAAAUAAACAAGAUCUUCCCAAAUCAGCAUGUGGAAAUUGCUAUCUUGGCGAUGCUUUCCGUUGUGCCAGUUGCCCUUACCUAGGAAUGCCUGCAUUCAGACCUGGAGAGAAGGUGUUACUGGAGGAGACCAAUCUUCAAGAUAUUUGAAGAAAAUUACCAAAAACAUUUUUGGAAGCAGUGAUGAAAUUGGAAUAUUCAUUUUUGGUAUAGGAUAGUGUGCUGGCAGCUAUUUACCCAACACUUAACAUUGUUUUCUUUGUGGUUCAGAGUGGGACCCAAAUAAGCCAAACUAUCAGUUUCUCAAAAUUGCCUUCCUUCACUGCAAUUUAGCUUUGUAUUUUUUAGUAAAUGCAUUAAGAUAAGUGAUGUGUGUACCUUAAUGACCUAGUAGAUGGUCGUCAUAAGUCAUGUGAGAUGAGAAAUAACUGAGGUCUCUCAAUUUAACAAAUGGAAAUGAUGCGCAUGUCACUAAGUCUAUAUCCAAUGUGAGAUUUACAUAUAAAUGGGAUGGAUUGUUCUUUAAAAUACAUCUAGAGAUCUUUAAACAAUUUUGCAUUUCCUUAGAUCUUUGUACAACAAACUAUAUGAUACAAGUAUGCAUUUUAUUGAACAUAACAUUUUCUGAUAUUCAGAAGUAGAGGAAAAUAGUUACUUUUGGAAAAGUAAAGCUGAUGAUGAAUGUGUGUCAUAACUGGUUGUAUUACACAAUAAUAAAGACCCCCACACAUAGAGA